AUGUUCUGCUACUUUACUGAUACGAAAGCAGAAUGGAUCAAAGGCCUCCUAGCUGUUCCAUUCGUCCUCCAUUCUCAGCCUACGGGGGUGUUUGAGAAAAAUGCUCAUUCGGUGGAGCAGAUGGCUGAGGUGGCCCAUCAGCGGUACGCGGAGAUUAUGCAGGAUGUGGAGAAUAUUGUCGAUGAUCAUAUCGCCCAUCAGAAAGUCGGCCUCCAAGGUCAAUCCAAACUCAAACUCCUCGUUCCCACCAUAGGGAGUUUUUUCACAAGGCUCCAUCUAGCAGAUGCCUUCAGGUAUCAGGAUAGGAAGCGCUUUAUCUCAUCUAGGAGAUUUGUACCGCCGUCUUUUAACGAUAUCCGCCUCAUUUUAAACACUGCCCAACUUAUGGGAGUGCUUGAGGCUGGACCGCUGGACCUUGCCACAUUCGACGGUGAUGUUACAUUAUACGAUGACGGGGAAAGCUUAGAGCCUUCGAACCCGGUGACCCAGAAAAUUAUUCAUCUCAUGAGCCACGAUACGAAAAUUGGCAUUGUCACAGCAGCCGGCUAUACUGAAGCAGAGAAAUACUAUAACAGAUUACACGGCCUGUUGGAUGCAAUCAAGGCAUCCACGAUUCUCACCGAGGCCCAAAAACACAAUAUCAUGGUGAUGGGCGGCGAAUCCAAUUUCCUCUUCACCUACGAUCCCACGUCGCCAUUUCUCCUAGCGCACCUCUCGCGCCGCAACUGGAUCCUACCUAGCAUGUCCACUUGGACUCAACCCACUAUUACGGCGCUUCUAGAUGCCGCUGAGUCGUCCCUCCGCGAAUGCGUGACCAACCUCUCACUCCCCGCAACUAUCCUGCGCAAAGAACGCGCAGUGGGCAUUAUACCCUCAGUCCCAGGUUACAAAUUCGCCCGCGAAUCCCUCGAAGAAACAGUCUUAGUAAUUCAGAAAAAACUAGAAAUGAGCGAGGUCGGCAAGGCAAUUCCAUUCUGCGCAUUUAACGGCGGCAAUGAUGUCUUUGUUGAUAUCGGAGAUAAGAGUUGGGGUGUGCUUGUUUGCCAGAACUAUUUUGGUGGUAAGGGGAUGGGGCCGCAAGGGGGGAGCAUAAAAGGGGAGAGGACUCUGCAUGUUGGAGAUCAAUUUCUAAGCGCGGGCAGUAACGACUUCAAGGCAAGGAAUGUGGGAACUACGGCUUGGAUUGCCAAUCCGGCUGAGACGGUAGAACUCCUUAGUGAGUUGGCGGAGUUGAUGGCUUUGAAGGAAAAGAGGGCUUGA